AUGGAAGAACAGCAGCCGGAACCUAAAAGUCAGCGCGACUUGGGCCUCGGCGCGGCGGCGGCGGUGGCGGCGGCCCCUGGCAGCCUCACCCUGAGUCUCAGCCCCGGUGCAAGCGGCAGCAGCGGCAGCGAUGGAGACAGCGUGCCGGUGUCCCCGCAGCCCGCGCCCCCCUCGCCGCCCGCGGCGCCCUGCCUGCCGCCCCUGGCCCACCACCCGCAUCUCCCCCCGCACCCCCCGCCCCCGCCGCCGCCGCCGCCGCCGCCGCCGCAGCAGCAUCUCGCGGCGCCUGCUCACCAGCCGCAGCCCGCGGCCCAGCUGCACCGCACCACCAACUUUUUCAUCGACAACAUCCUGAGGCCGGACUUCGGCUGCAAAAAGGAACAGCCGCCGCCGCAGCUCCUGGUGGCUGCGGCGGCGGCCGGAGGAGGCACAGGCGGAGGCCGGGUCGAGCGUGACAGAGGCCAGACCGGCUCAGGUAGAGACCCCGUCCACCCGCUGGGUACGAGGGCGCCGGGCGCCGCCUCACUCCUGUGCACCCCGGACGGGAACUGUGGCCCACCCGACGGCUCCCCGCCAGCCACCGCCGGCGGCGCGGGCGCGUCCAAAGCUGGGAACCCGGCGGUGGCGGCGGCGGCGGCGGCGGCGGCGGCGGCGGCCAAGCCUUCGGACAGCGGCGGUGGCAGCGGAGGCGGCGUGGGGAGUCCAGGUGCGCAGGGUGCGAAGUACCCGGAGCACAGCAACCCGGCCAUCCUGCUCAUGGGCUCAGCCAACGGCGGGCCCGUAGUGAAAACUGACUCGCAGCAACCCCUCGUGUGGCCCGCCUGGGUCUACUGCACGCGCUACUCCGACCGCCCGUCCUCCGGUCCCCGCACCAGGAAGCUGAAGAAGAAGAAGAACGAGAAGGAGGACAAGCGGCCGAGGACGGCGUUCACGGCCGAGCAGCUGCAGAGACUCAAGGCGGAGUUCCAGGCGAACCGCUACAUCACCGAGCAGCGGCGGCAGACGCUGGCCCAGGAGCUCAGCCUCAACGAGUCCCAGAUCAAGAUCUGGUUCCAGAACAAGCGCGCCAAGAUCAAGAAAGCCACGGGCAUCAAGAACGGCCUGGCGCUGCACCUCAUGGCGCAGGGACUGUACAACCAUUCAACCACCACGGUCCAGGACAAAGACGAGAGCGAGUAGCCGCCGCCGGCAGAGGCCGCGCGGUCCGGCCGCCGCGCCCGCGCCCCCCACUG